AUGAAGAUGUCAGGUUCUCAGAUUAAGAUUCUUCUUAUUGCGAGUUUAGCUUUGCUAUGCUCAUGCUCAGCAAUAACUGUUGAUUAUGAUUCCAAUGCUGUUAUAAUCAAUGGCGAACGGAAGAUCAUUAUGGCAGGAGCAAUUCACUAUCCUCGUAGCACCCCUGAGAUGUGGCCAGAUCUAAUGCAGAAGGCUAAGGAUGGCGGCAUUGAUGCUAUUGAAACUUAUAUAUUCUGGGACCGCCAUGAGCCUGUCCGCCGGCAGUAUGAUUUCUCCGGAAAUAAUGACAUUGUCAAGUUCUUUAAGCUCGCUCAAGAAACUGGACUUUACGUCAUUCUUCGGAUUGGUCCAUAUGUUUGUGCUGAAUGGUCAUACGGAGGCUUCCCCAUGUGGCUACACAACAUUCCAGGGAUUGAACUGAGGACAGAUAACGAGAUUUACAAGAAUGAGAUGCAAAUUUUUACCACCAUGAUCGUGGACAUUUGCAAAGAAGCAAAGUUGUUUGCACCACAGGGAGGACCUAUAAUAUUAGCACAGAUUGAGAAUGAAUACGGAAACGUGAUGGGACCUCAUGGAGAAGCAGGGAAAAGGUACAUCAAUUGGUGUGCACAGAUGGCAGCAGGACAGAACAUUGGAGUUCCAUGGAUUAUGUGCCAGCAGGGGGAUGCUCCACAGCCCAUGAUUAAUACAUGCAAUGGAUUUUACUGCGACCAAUUCAAGCCAAACAAUCCUAAGAGUCCCAAAAUGUGGACCGAAAACUGGAGUGGAUGGUUCAAGCUUUGGGGUGGCAGAGAUCCAUAUAGAUCUCCUGAAGAUUUGGCCUUUUCAGUGGCACGCUUUGUACAAGAUGGAGGGGUCUUGAACAGCUAUUAUAUGCACUUUGAGAUGACGAUGUGCAAAAAUGUUAACAUGGAAGAAUUCACUUUUGACUUGGGACAAGAUGGAAAGUACACCGUGCCUGCUUGGUCAGUUAGUAUUCUUCAAAAUUGCAACAAGGAAAUUUACAACACUGCAAAGGCAGCAGAACCCAUGAAAGAUGUACUCGACGGAAAGGGUAGAUUUAGAGCCUCGGAGCUUCUUGAGCAGAAAGAAACAACUGUUGAUUCUACUGACUAUUUGUGGUACUUGACUAGUGUUAACCUCAAAGACACAAUACUGCAGAAGUGGACCAAUGUGACCCUGCGAGUUGGCACAAGAACCCAGUUUUCUAAGCAAGCCAACGGUCAACAAUCAGUCCAGGGAGAUGAUUACAGUUUUCUGUUUGAGAAGUCACUUACUCUCACUUCUGGGACUAACACCAUAAGCUUACUCAGUGCCACUGUUGGAUUGGCUAAUUAUGGUGCACUUUUUGAUAAGAAACCUGUUGGCAUUGCUGAAGGCCCAGUCCAGUUGGUUGCAAAUGGGAAGCCUGUUGUGGACUUGACAUCGAACCAGUGGUCUUAUAGGGCACGCCCUGCCAAAAUUCUGCAGAAAUUAACCAUACUGGGUGUUGGGUUGAACGGCGAGAUUAAACGAUACAGUGAUCCAAAUUCGCCAUAUGCCAACAAAUUCAACGGCCGUGAAAACCUUCCCACUGGAAGAGCCAUGACAGGGUACAAGACCACAUUUGCCCGUCCUUCAGGUACUGAACCUGUAGUGGUGGACUUGCUAGGCAUGGGCAAAGGCCAUGCCUGGGUGAAUGGACACAGCAUCAGUCGCUUCUGGCCUACACAAAUUGCAGAUGCCAAAGGAUGCUCGGACACAUGUGACUACCGUGGAAAUUAUAAUGGCGAUAAAUGUGUGACUAACUGCGGCAAUCCUUCUCAAAGAUGGUACCACAUCCCAAGGUCAUUCCUUAGUAAGGAUGGCCAAAACUCCUUGGUUUUGUUUGAAGAAGUGGGUGGGAACCCUUCAAAUGUGUCUUUCGAGAUUGUUACAGUAGGGACUAUGUGUGGAAAUGCAUAUGAAGGAAGCACAUUAGAAUUGUCAUGCCAAGGAGGCCGAACUAUCUCAGACAUUCAAUUCGCCAGCUAUGGAGACCCUGAGGGAACAUGCGGAGCGUUCAAGAAGGGCUCUUUCUAUGCCACUAGCAGUGCGUCAGUAGUGGAAAAGGCAUGUGCUGGGAAACAGAGCUGUGGAAUUCUUGUAUCAGAUGAAACAUUUGGUUUAAAGAAGCAUUAUGACAUUCCCAGGAGGCUGGCGGUGCAGGCUGUCUGCACAGGGUACAAUGAGAAUGACGCCGAGCGAAAGAAGAAUAGCAAAGGCAUUGUCCGUUUAUAA